CUCUUCCCUUUUAUCACCUUCCCCCCACCCUUUCGUUUUCUCUCUCCGUCCUUCUCUUUUUUGCAAUCCUGGAGCUCCCUCCAUAACGGCACAGUCUGCAUUCCACACCUUCUCAAGGGGGCAAUUAGGGACAACUUUAAAAAAUUGCUGCCCCAGCCAGCGACCCAUGAUAGAACCAGGAAAGGUAAAUGCUAGCCCCUUGCAGAUGGCCCGAAUGGCUUCCUUUUGUGCUGACGUUAUCUCUGGGAGCCCGGGGCAAAGUGUGAGGUUCAGGGAUGGGCUGAGUAUUCCUCGGAAUGUGUUCCUCGUGGGCAAAUCUAACUGGAUCGACGGCCAGACUGGGACAGAGGGAUUCUCUCAUUCCCCAUCACCUUUAGCAGGCCUGUUGACGAGCUUCGGUGGUGACUGCAGGAUGAUGUUGCGAAGGCUAUUGGAGACCCUCAGUGUGUUUCAGUGGGUUUUAACCUUCCUGCUGUUGGGUGUGUUCGGCAGCCUCCUGACUGUGUACCUCCUUCUCACUCGCUUUUGGCCCAUUGCGGCUCUCUACCUGGCUUGGCUAACGAUCGACAACAAUACCCCCGAAAGAGGAGGUCGGAGGUCACAGUGGGUCAGGAGCUGGGCAGUGUGGAGAUACAUGCGUGACUACUUCCCUGUUUCGAUCGUGAAAAUGGCAGAGCUGGACCCCAAGAGGAACUAUGUUUUCGGCUCGCACCCACAUGGGAUAAUGUGUGUUGGCGCUUUCUGUAACUUCUGCACAGAGGCAACCGGCUUCUCGAGAGUCUUCCCUGGCAUCACCCCUCAUCUCGCCACGCUGUCUGGACUCUUCUGCCUGCCCAUUCUCAGAGACUACCUGCUCAGCGGAGGAGGGUGUUCCGUCAGCAAGUCAAGCCUGGGCCAUAUCCUCUCGCAGCGUGGCAUGGGCAAUGCCGUGGUCAUUGUAGUCGGAGGGGCAGCAGAAUCGAUGGCGGGUGCACCUGGGGUGCACUCUGUCCUACUGAAGAACAGGAAAGGCUUCGUCCGGUUGGCACUGACCCACGGGUAG